UCGCUCCCUUUCACUCUCUUUGCCUUCACUAAAUCCUUCCAUACAAAUCAGUCAUUUUCUCCCUUUCACAAAUCAAAGACAGGAAAGGCAAAAGAAAUGUUGGCGGUUUUUGACAAUACGGUUGCAAAAUGCCCUGAUGCUUUACAGAGUCCGCACACUACCCCAGCAUCCUCUGCAUUGAAAGACAGCUUCUUGGCUAACCACUUUGCCUUGCUGCACCCUGGCUCCGUCACUGUCAAUCUUGGCACUUCUGGUCUCAUUUCUCACUCUGUUGAAAAGCAAAACCCUUUUCUUCCAAGGUUGUUUGCGGUUGUGGAUGACAUUUUCUGCUUGUUCCAAGGCCACAUAGAUAAUGUUGCUGUUCUCAAGCAGCAGUAUGGUUUAAAUAAAACUGCAAAUGAGGUGAUCGUUGUCAUUGAAGCUUACAGAACUCUCAGAGAUCGAGGCCCUUAUCCUGCCGAUCAGGUUGUGAAAGACAUCCAAGGAAAAUUUGCUUUUAUUUUAUAUGACAGCACUUCAAAAGCCACAUUUUUUGCUGCUGAUGCUGAUGGAAGUGUACCCUUUUUCUGGGGAACUGAUUGUGAAGGCAAUCUCGUUCUUUCAGAUGAUGUUCAGAUUGUGCAGAAAGGCUGUGGGAAAUCUUUUGCACCAUUCCCUAAAGGAUGCUUCUUUACAACUUCUGGAGGUUUGAGGAGCUUUGAGCACCCACUGAAUGAGUUGAAGCCAGUGCCAAGAGUGGACAGUUCUGGCCAGGUCUGCGGAGCUACUUUCAAGGUGGAUGCGGAGACUAAGAAGGAAUCAGUUGGCAUGCCAAGAGUUGGUAGUUCUUACAACUGGUCUUCAAACUACUGAGCUCCUAGGUCCGUGUAUGGCAAGGCUUUUCUUAUUAGGUGGCCUUCUUUUGGAUCGUAUCUUUUUUCUUUAUCCUCCACUUUAUCUCUUAUCUUUCUCGACGCUGCUGCGCUAAUGUGUCCCGAAUUUCAUACUGUUAUUAGUCUUUCAAUGAACAAGACAAUUGA